AUGAAGCCAGGGAUGCGCUUGGAGCGAGGAGUGGCGGGGGAUGCGUCGACGCUCCAGCGCCCCGUGAAGUCCAGUCGCGGGGGUUACCUGCGCUGCCCGUUUGUCAUUGGCCCUGCCUUCGCCGCGGUUGCAGAGCGCCACGCGGCGGGAGGCGCUUUGAGUCACAAGUCGCACCGACUGCACGCCGUGCGUGGGAGCGAUGGUGGCCAUGCUGCCGACAGCGAGGAAGAUGGUGUUUGCCGUCCGUGGAACCGAGCGGGGGUCGGGGCAAAGGCCCUCAGUGCGAAGGAGAGGCGAUUGCAGCAGCAAGAGGCUGAGAAUAUCUACGGCUCCACUGCCGUUAAUGACGCCGAUGAGAAGAAUGGGGAUGCGUCGAAAGCCCCUGGUGCGGGUUUGUCGGUUGCCCUCUCUUCGUGGGAAAAGACGGCUCUAAAACGCGUCGUGCCGCGUGGCGUACUCAAGAAGAAACCGCAUAGCAACGGCGAAACUUGUGAAGAGGCAGUAGCAGACGGAGGGGGACACCACGAUGUAGAAAGACUACAGCGGCAUCAGCGUGUGGCAGGGCACAAGUGUGAAGCCGACGAACGCGCUCUCAGCGGCGGCUUGGGACGGCCCCGCCGUAAGAUGGAGGAUGGCGGACAUGCAGAUGUUCUUCCGCGUGAAGCUGGGGAUUCUUGCGCACCACAAAACACGGAGGGGCGGUCGCUUCCAGAGAAAAACAAGCCGCUGAAUAGACUUCAACAGUUAGAUGCGAUGCGGAGCGCCGCACUCUUCGGGAAGAAAAAAAUGAUUUUGAAGCGCUGA